AUGGCUGUGCGCAUGCGUGAGGUACUGGCCAGGCCAUGGGUUGGUGUCUGUGUGCCCGUUUCUUUAAGUUUUUCCAUUUCUUUACCCUCAUUUUGUACUAUGAUAAGAUUGCUAUCACGAUUGUAAUGAUCGCUAUUGAUGCAGUCAUUCACUUUCACUUGUUCGUCUCAUUUUCCCAGGAAAUGUGGUUUUAUAAUCAAAUCUUUGCUGUGUUGAUAUUCUCUCUGGUGUUCCUGUCGGCGCAGAGCAAACGCAAAUACAAACACAAGAAGAAGGACGCAGUCAGUAAUGGAGGUAGUGUUAGAAUUUUUUGCCCCAUGCUAAAACAUCAACUGGGCAUUCUCGUCCCCAGAGGCCGCGAUCGUUUUGGUUAAAGAUUCAAAUGGAACGUGGCCUCUGGGGACGAGAAAUUUAUAGACCUACAACCCACUAGCAGGAUAUGCAGGUUAGAAUCCCUUCCAACCCUAAAAUUAAUCCAGUUUCUUCCUAGCUCUCGUUAUCGUUCCACAAGUCCGUCGUCUGUCUGAAGAAACGUUAGUUACCCAGAGAAUCGUUUUCCUUCUGCAAUUGACUUUUUUUUUCUCUUUACAAAAAAACAAGUAGCCUUGGCUAUACUAGCUAUUUUAUACAGUAUUUAUUUAUUUAAUUUUAUCGUCCUCUAAUAUCUUCUAAUACUUGCUGUUUGACUUUUCCAUCAAUUUUGAAGUGUUACAUCCUUUGAUUUGACUCUCCUUUUUUUCCGACUCCCACGCUCCUCCUUGCCCAUCCACCGUCUCUUGUUAGCAUACAUUAAGUGCCUCGUCACUGCAGAUGUAAAGGCAAAUUACAGAUUGUUGAAGAGGGAUCCUGAAUCCGCAUUCCCGCUACUUUUUCACGAAAAUCCCGCAUCCCAACGUCUGUCAUCUCUCUCCGGAAAACCACUUUCUCUGCAAUUCCGCAUCUCGUGUCAAGAUUUUGGCGAAUCCCGCUUCCCAAGUAGCCGUCGAAUCCCGUAUUCCGUCAAUAAAUCUUGCCUUUUCCAAAAUCGCGCAGAUAUAAAGCCCAGUUUAGGGCCUAGGUCCCUAUGGGGAAGGUGUGGGACUUUAUGCAGUAAAAAUAUUGAAAAACCUUGGAUGAAGUACUAAUCGUUAAGUUGUGUGUAACAAUAAUUUGUGCUGUAGAAUUACAACGUUUUAUAGAACAUUCGGAAUGCCAGCAAGCACUAGGUAUGGAAAGUGGUGAUAUCUUAGACAGUCAGCUAAGUGCAUCUUCAGAGGGUCAAUGGACGUUAGAUGGUGAGCCAUUUUUAAUGUCUGCAAGUAAUGGCAGACUAAAUAAUGAUGGUUUGGCAUCUUGCUGGGAAUCUGCCACAAAUGAUGAACAUCAAUGGCUACAAGUACACCUUGGUGAAUAUUACGUCAAUGUUACACGCAUAGCAACACAAGGGUGUGGUAGAGAGGAAGAAUGGGUGACUUCAUACAAGCUUCAAUAUAGUAACGAUGGAGUGAAUUUCCAAUACUACAUGGAAAAAGGACAAAAUACAGAAAAG